GACUCGCACCAGUUUCUGUCCAUUGCGCCCCGCAGGAAUUGCAAACACCAUCCAAGAGCAGUGGCAAAUUAAUUAUAACCUUUUGCAAUGUGGAUAUAUCCAGAAGAAAUAUACAAAUUCUGGUAGCAAUUGGAAUUAGUGCCAUAAAAAUAAGCAAAAACUAUUCCUUUGCGUGUAACGGAGAAGAAACAUAUAGCGCUAGGGAGCUGUAUUGAAGUCGGCCCAAUCAGCAAAUAAAUUGUACACUUACGAACUAGAGAACUCAGCUUCAUCGACUGUGCGUGGAAUAUAGACGUCAUUAAAGUUAACUACAUUUUUCCCAAAAAGAAAACACGUGACGGCUCAGUCAAACGUGUCGGCGCCAAAAUGAUUCACAGCCAGAUGGAAGAUUCGCAGUAUCAGAUUCGGCAGCAGAUUUUGAACCCGAACCAACGCCAACAGCUGGAGGAUAACCGCCGCAUCAAAGAGCAGAUGCAGCAGUUGCAAAGAGAUGAUGCAUCGCCAAGCCACAUGUACAUCCGCAAGUUGGAGUUCCAGGCCGAUGUGAACCUUCUGGACAAACACGAUUCUUUCUACCACACCACCAAAAGCCUGUUGGUGCUAUUUCAAAUAAUGGGAGUCAUGCCAAUCGUCAGAAGUCCCAAAGGGGUCAACAUGCCCCGAACCACAUUCACCUGGUGCUCGAAAGCCUUCAUCUGGGCGUACUUUAUCUACGCUUGCGAAACGGUUCUUGUUGUCCUAGUAGCCAAAGAGCGCAUCAAACGUUUCAUUUCGACCAGCGACAAACGAUUCGACGAAGUGAUCUACAAUAUCAUUUUUAUGAGCCUUUUGGUUCCGCAUUUCCUCCUUCCGGUGGCAUCCUGGCGCAAUGGAUCGGAGGUGGCCAAGUUCAAGAACAUGUGGACCGACUACCAGUAUAAGUACCUCAUGGUCACCGGAAAGCCGAUCGUCUUUCCGAAGCUCUAUCCGAUCACGUGGGUUUUGUGUGUGGUUUCGUGGGCUGUUAGUUUUGUCAUCAUCAUGUCCCAAUACUAUUUGCAACCGGAUUUCCAACUGACGCACACAUUUGCCUAUUAUCACAUUUUGGCGAUGUUGAACGGGUUUUGUAGUUUAUGGUUCGUCAACUGUACAGCCUUUGGGACGGCAAGCAAGGCAUUUGCGCAGGAACUGUCGAAUAUAUUAGCCACCGAGCAACCUGCCGACAAACUGACCGAAUAUCGUCAUCUGUGGGUUGAUCUUAGCCAUAUGAUGCAGCAAUUGGGAAAAGCGUACUCGAACAUGUAUGGCAUCUAUUGUUUGGUGAUUUUCUUCACCACAAUUAUCGCCACCUAUGGGGCGCUGAGCGAAAUCAUCGAGCACGGAGCGACCUAUAAGGAGGUCGGUUUAUUCGUCAUUGUGUUCUACUGCAUGGGUCUGCUGUUCAUCAUCUGCAACGAGGCCCAUCACGCCUCCAGAAGGGUUGGAUUGAAUUUCCAAGAACGGCUACUCAACGUGAACCUAACGGCGAUGGACAAGGCGACGCAGAAGGAGGUGGAAAUGUUUCUGGUGGCCAUCGAUAAAAAUCCACCGACGAUGAAUCUGGACGGGUAUGCGAACAUCAAUCGCGGAUUGAUUACAUCGAAUAUAUCGUUCAUGGCUACCUAUCUGGUGGUGCUGAUGCAGUUCAAGUUGACCCUGUUGCGACAGAGUGCCCGAAAAGCUCUCAUCCCAGCUCUGCGAGCGAAUCUAACUAAGCUGAAGGAGAACUAGUGGACUAACGUACCAUAGAGCCACAACUGAAGAUACAAGUUUUUAGGCAACAUUUGAAUUGUUAUAAUAAUUUAUUCAGUAAUUUCUAGGAUAUUCAUAAGGGAUUGUCCAUUAAUCACGUCACGUUCUUAAGGAGAUUAAAGGAAAUGGCCUAAUUUUGCGUGAAGUAAUUCAUGGAUGCGCCCUAAUCUUCUAUGUAAAACUCAAACAUUCCCAUAAGAAAGAACGAAAAGCAUUUUUCAUUUAAGGCAAAUAACUAGAUUUCAAUAAUAAUUCUUAAUAUUUAAGUCAAGAAAAUAAAUUGUUUUGUAACUGUUCUAGUCUCAAUAAUUUAAUCAUGGAUUAUUUUGCAAUUAUUAUAUUAACGGUUUGUUAUUAUAAUGUCAAGUUUAGAAGUGGUUAGUUCUUCUACAGAACAAUGUCAGUUUUCAUUUAACUCUCAUUCCAAAUAAUCCAGGGCAAUGACAU